AUGGCAUUGAGUGAGAAAAAUCCUAUGGUUGUUGCCCAUAUUUUGAUUUGGAUGGUUUUGGUGUUGCUGAUCAGUAGUAGCAUAACUGUGAGUGAUGCUACCGAGACUGAUAUAGCGUGCUUGAAAUCCAUCAAAGCUUCUCUGGUGGACCCUAACAACUACUUGAACACUACAUGGGAUUUCAGCAACAACACUGAAGGCUUCAUAUGUAGAUUUAUGGGUGUUGAAUGCUGGCACCCUGAUGAGAACAGAGUUCUAAAUAUCCGCCUUUCAGACUUGGGUCUUAAGGGCAAGUUCCCCCUUGGCAUCAAGAACUGCACAAGCUUGACUGGCUUGGAUCUUUCGCACAACAAGCUGUUUGGCUCAAUCCCUGCUAAUAUAUCAAAGAUCAUUCCCUUUGUUACAAGCCUUGAUCUCUCAUUCAACAACUUUUCGGGGGAAAUUCCACAUGAUUUAGCAAAUUGUACUUACUUGAAUGAUCUCGAACUUGACAACAACCGGCUAACAGGCAACAUUCCACUGGAAUUUGGCCUGCUUAGUCGGAUCAAGGUAUUUACUGUUACCAACAAUCUCCUAUCAGGGCCAAUCCCCACAUUUCUCCAUGCUAACAUCCCUGCUGAUAGCUUCGCAAAUAAUACGGACCUCUGUGGAAAGCCAUUGAAACCCUGUCCAGCCGUCCGGAGGAAGUCCCUUGCUGAUGAGAGCCUUUAA